AGGGGCCCGUCGGCGGCGAAGUAGCUAGCUGGGGGCAGAGACGGCCACGCGGUUGCAGGAGUAAGAGAUCCCCCUGUGGCGAAUUGGCCAACGGCUCCUUUCAACCCUGCCUCGUUGGUGGCCACUGGAGAAGCGCGGGGGGCUCCCCAGACAGCCGUGGGGACAAGUUAGAGCCAGCACUUGACCCCGGGCCUCGCGUGUAGCUUCCCUCCCCCCCCCCCGCUCUAGGUGCCCCGGUGUCUGGAGGGGGGGGGUGCGGGUGCGGGGGUGUGCCCUCCGUACACGUCCCAGCACCCGGGCAACCCUCGGGGCUUGUGUUCCAUCUCGCUCUCGCUUCCUGCACGGUGGUCGAGGGGAACCACUUGGCAUCAUGUCCCGGUAUAGCUACCAAAGUCUCCUGGACUGGCUCUAUGGGGGCGUGGACCCCAGCUUUGCAGGCAAUGGGGGCCCCGACUGUGCUGCCUUCCUCCCUUGGCAGCAGCGGCUGCUGGAAAGUGUGGUGGUCCUGACCCUGGCCCUGUUGGAGAUCCUGGUGGCCCUGCGGCACAUCCUGAGGCAGACGAAGGAGGACGGUAGGGGUGGCCAUGGCUGCCAGCCAGAUAAGGUGACCCAGCGGCCAGAGGAAGGCAAGGAGAGCCUGAGCAAGAAUCUGCUCUUAGUAGCCCUGUGCCUGACCUUCGGGGUGGAGGUGGGCUUUAAGUUCGCCACCAAGACCGUCAUCUACCUGCUCAACCCCUGUCACCUGGUCACCAUGAUGCAUAUCUUUCUCCUGGCCUGCCCUCCAUGUCCUGGGGCUAUCGUCGUCUUCAAGCUCCAGAUGCACAUGCUGAAUGGAGCGCUUCUAGCUCUGCUGUUUCCUGUGGUGAAUACCCGGCUGCUCCCCUUCGAACUGGAGGUUUACUACAUUCAGCAUGUUAUGCUCUACGUGGUACCCAUCUACCUGCUUUGGAAAGGAGCAGACAAUAUCAUUCAGCUUGUGCUCAGUUUCCCUAUAAGGGCAAGAAAAGGUUUCCAUCAGGUAGCCACCUGGUUUUAUGCUGAAAGAUGAAUCUGCUCCAAAACUGCUCCCAAGGAGAAACGAAAGGACUCAAGAUCCCUUGCUACAGCCCAACAGCUAGCUUUCUCUGACUAAUCUCUAGGUUCAGUGGAACUGGCUACCAGGAUUGCAUUUCAGGCUAACAAUUGGCUUCUUAGUUAAGGCAUCACAACUGAAAAUGGUUAUUUCAACAACAGGCGCUGUGGAUGAAGGAAUACCACCAAACCUCUAAGGACUCUGAUAAAAAAUGAAAGCAGUUUCCUCUGCCACAGUGGCAAGCGGAGGGAAUUCAGGCAAUCAGCGCACCAACUAGCAAAAGGGUUUUGAAUUCGGAACUAGCAGUCUGUCACUUGUCACAGCCGACUCUAGGUAUAAGCUCCGCCAUUUUGAUUUUCAGUGACAUCUCAAGAGUUUUAGACUACAUAUUCUGCACCAUACUUAUAUUCAUCACUUGAUAUACUGGUUUCCUGUUGGAAAAAAAUUACACACACACACACACACACACAGACACUACAGGAAAAUGAAGGUAAUCUUUCUCCAGAAUCAUCUGUCAUUUUUCCUGGGGAUAGACACACGGACCUCCUACUCCUCCUGACGUUGGGAAGUUCUCUUUGUAUGCACCGUGGGAAGACCAGUCCUGCAAAUGGGCUGGGCUGUAACAACUCUGUCAUUUCUAAAUGCCGGCUCCAUUUUCAUAGGUGUAAUGUAACAUCUUAUCAACAUAGUAAAUGUGUUUCUAUCAAAAGUAUGUAGUGCAGAAAGACUCCAGUCUUAUCCCCAUGACAAACAUAUCUGAAAUCAUGGCAUAUAUGAACUUUUGUUUCACUAGAUUAUCUUUACUAUUUCUUUAAAUAGUCACUAAAAUUGUCUCCGGCCAAUCAUGACUUAUUGAAACCUAAAGCUAACAGGUUUAAAUUAAUAUAUAAUAGACAAAUGUCUCUUUUUUGGUUAUUUGCUCAAAAUAAAUUUUUUCACCUUAAAAAAAUACUUAAGAGUAAGGAAUUCAUCUAAUCUGCUGUUUCACAUAUAGACACAAUAAAAUUUUAUAAGAAUAUUUCUCUAAAUUGCCUUUUUUCCCCCCUAACCUCUCUUAAUUCCAUUUAAUUAUAUUCUUCUCAAAGGCACUAGAUUCUCUAUCUGCUCUCUUCCUGAUAUUUGCUGCUCUUCAAAAUGAUUUCUGUAGCAUAUCUGAAAGGUAGCUUGUACUUUCUUAAAACAGUGUUGUAGUUUGUUAAGUUGGUUCUAUAAAGUGAUGAAGCUGUCUCUUCUAUGAUAACCAGCACAAUAGGCAUAAAUGAUUUCUCACUCUCUGUGACAAGCUCUAUCAUGGACCUUUGCAUGUUCUCUACUAGAACUAAAGUUCAUAUAUUUUAACCAUGGGAAAAACACCUAAGGAGUGAAGACCCACAUACUAAGCUCUCAUAGCAAAAUGCGUUUUAGACAAAUUCAAGAGUAAUAUACAAAUACCUGAAUUUGAUACGAAUUGCUCCCAAACUCAGCUAUCAAAAAUUCCCUAUCUUACUGAGGAAAAACUAGAGAAAAACCUAAAUAAAAUCCUUAAAAACUGCACAAUUUCUUCCAUCCACAGUUGAAAGAAGGAGGGAAGAGAAGACAGAAGGAAGGAAAGAAGACAGGAGGGAAGGCAAGGACAGAAAGACAGGAACCUGAUUGAGAGAGCAAAGCAAAAUUCUACAUAAUAUGGCAAGGAAAGAAAACCCCAAAAGUUAUAUAUGCUG